UUUACAGGCCGGCGUCACAAAGUUGACAUACUGCUGAAUGUUGCGUUACGCAACAACCAAAUAAUCCGUGAGGUACUCCCUUAAUGAGGUUGGUUUUAGAUGUGAAAAUUGAUUGGACUGCAAUUUUUAUCGUCUUCAUUCGAAUCUGGCACACAACGAAGCGGUGGUGAAUGGGAACAGAGCAUUUAUCCUGAUCGAUUGGAGAUACUACCCUGGAUAAUCUCGGAUGACACAGCCAGGGAACAGUAUGUUUACACUCCCCCUUCUAUAUGUUUACAACGGUGUAUAUGGUCGGGCUGCAUAAUUCUCAAUCGUCGCCAUUGUUGGUUUGACCGUGACACAGUUUCCUGUUCUUCAGUGGCAUAAGACACAAUUGACUGAGUUUACCGUUACAUAGCGCGACAGGUGCGCGAACCGACAUGUUUUGAGGUACAGGGGCGUGAGAAGCCGACUACAGCAGUUCAAGGUACUGCAGUUCAUUCGGGAAAAUACAGUUACCAUGGGAACCAAGCAGAUCAGCGGACGAUGGGCCCUCAUAUUUGCUCUGGCGGCCGUCGUCGUCGUAGCAGUCAUCACUGGGGUCGUGGUGUGGCACGUCGCGCGCACACAGCAAGAAGAAGGAACGCCACCCUCGUCACGUGACGUGUACAAGAUUGGAGAAGCUGAGCUACUUCUUCAGGAAACGAUGCAGAUGAAAAUACGCCAUAACGGCGUGCUCACCGGGGAGAUCUACAUGGGCUUAGACAGGAGCGACAUCGGCCAUGAGGAAUGCAACACCGCGUCGGACGUAUGUGUCUCGUGGGAAAGAGACCGGAAGUUGGAGAUAUACAAGACGGCAAGUGACCAGGUCACGUGCUACAAUGUCACGUGGGAGGCUGUCAACUGUGUGUCACAGGAACUGAAGGAUUGUGUUGAUCUGUCACGUGGUCACUGGUUUGGGGGAUUUGAGGACUACCACCAAUACUGGCCGAUGAAUGAGAUACAACAGGAAAUGGCGGCCUAUGUUGCGACGGAUUCCUACGCCAAGAAAUACGGCGGUGUAUUGGAGAGAUACUUCCUAUCAUCCACUGGUUUAGGUAUAUUCAUUGAUUCAAAUAUUCCCCUUUAUCUUAGUUUCAACGAUAAAAGCAGUAAACGAAUGUGUAUGUCGGCCAAGUUUGAACGCUCGCCUUACAUCAACAUCGACAACAAACCACCACGUCUCUCCUACACUGUGUGUCAAGCCAACAACAUCCGGGUGGUUCAUGACUACAUGUCCGCGAAGUACAUUCCCCGCCCUGAAGGCGUCCCUGAUCGCCGCCUGUUCCGUUCCCCUAUCUGGUCAACGUGGGCCAUGUACAAGAAAGACAUCAACCAGACACAGGUCCUACAGCUGGCUAACGACAUCGUCAGCAACGGCUUCAGUCACUCCCAGCUUGAGAUUGAUGACGACUGGACUACUUUCUAUGGUGACAUGGACUUCACAACAGACAAGUUCCCGGAUGCUCGAGGGAUGAUCUCACAACUCAAUCAAGACGGCUUCAGGGUGACCAUUUGGCUUCACCCUUUCUUUAAUAUCGAUUCUCGCGCUUUUUAUGAAGCAGCCGCACUGGGUUACCUUGUUCGAGCCCCAGAGCGCAAACUUCCGGCUCUGACAUCCUGGUGGCGGGGUCAACUGUCGGGUACACUCGAUGUCACUAACCCGUAUGCCGUGGACUGGUACGUCAAUAAGACCAACUUUCUGAAAGACACCUACAACAUUAGCUCCUUCAAGUUUGACGCCGGCGAGGUAGCAUGGCUUCCCUAUAUUUACAGUGUGAAUAGAACUUACCUAAACCCGAACGAGUACACGAGAAAAUGGGUUGACCUGGCCUACCGCACUGACCCUGAUGUAAGACACCAAGAGGUCAGGGUUGGGGCCGGAAGUCAGAAUGUACCCAUAUUUGUGCGCAUGCUGGACAAAGAUUCCGUCUGGGAUAACAACAAUGGCUUGAAGACACUUAUUCCCUGUGCACUUACCAUGGGGCUGAUUGGGUACCCGUUUAUUCUACCGGACAUGAUUGGCGGAAAUGCUUAUGACAACUCUUCCGGUUUAGAGGCACGUAAUUACCCGGAUGAAGAAUUGUUUAUAAGAUGGAUGCAGCUCAACACCUUCCUCCCAUCGCUUCAGUUCUCGGUCGUUCCUUGGGUUUACAACAACGAGACUGUCGUUGAAAUCACGCGAUAUUUCGCGGAGCUUCACGAAAAUUACACAUCAACAAUUAUAAAACUUGCUGAAGACUCGGUAAGAACUGGUGAACCAAUUAUUCGUCCGAUAUGGUGGAUAGCUCCUCAAGACGAGGCUGCGCUAACUGUUGAUUCCGAAUAUCUCCUUGGCAACGACUUGCUUGUAGCACCAGUAGUAGAGAAAGGGGCCACGUCACGUGAUGUUUACCUCCCAGAAGGCACUUGGUUUGACGAGCUCCGGAAACAGCAGGUCGAGGGAGCUCAAUGGUACCGAGACUAUCGGGCAGAACUUCACGAACUGCCGUACUUUUCAAGAAUUACAACAUAAAUUAAAAUUCGUAGGUUCCAUAUGAUGUCUACAAAAAAUGGGGGGGGGGGAUUUAUAUUUUUUAAUAUUUUGGAUUAAUAUCAGAUCUUAGUUCUCGCUGCCGCUAAACAAAGUUCUGGAGACAUCCCAUUACAGUAUACAUGAGAUGACCUUUCAUCCGACCAAUCAGAGCGUCGCUUACCAUAUCAUGCAAGUGUAAGUCAGAAUGUUUUCUGAUCUUGCAUCUUCGAAAAGGUUAACAUUGGGUAUUCCGAACGACAGUCACGGCCUCACGGUACGACUGAUUCCGUCAAAAUCAUCCGCUAUCCCACGCUUCAGUGGGAUAGACCAUUUUCAUAGCCCGUGGGAAGAACUGUCAUACAAUGUCUAUUUGACACUCCAGAAUGUUCUUUUGUUCAGUUUUCAAAUUUUGAAUCGAGAACUUUGUCAACAUAUUGUUAAAGCAUAGACUGGAAUGGAAGUCGCAAGUUCGAAAACGUGCCGUACAGCUUGAGAAAGCUGCUUUCUGAUUGACUAAUGUCGACUUCCUAUUAGUCAUUUCAUUGGUCGGUUCGCGAAAGGUCGUUCUGCCGUGGACUGUAAUGUGAUCGAUAAUAAUGUCGAGUCGAAUGUGUCGAACUCCAGAUAAGUCAAUCUGUUUCUCCGGUCUCUCGGAGUUCCAAGAAACUGUAGUUCAUAAAUAUUGAGUAAUCAGACAUAAAACAUGAAUAAACGACUUUAAUCAGACUGGCCACUGACACGGGACGAGUCACACCACGACUCAACAGUUAACAGGCGCGGAUGGGUAGCCUAGUGGUUUUAAGCGUUAGCUCGUCACGACGAAGACCGGGUUCGAUCUCCAACUUGGGUACAAUGUGUGACGGCAUUUCUGGUGUCCCCCGCCGUGAUAUUGCUGGAAUAUUGCUAAAAGCGGCGUAAAACAUACUCACUCAACAAGCGACAUUAUCUGGCUGUAUUUUAGGCCUGAAGUACAUGUGUUUGUUUCUAACUUUUGACCAGAAGUGGAGCGAGCACUCUUUCAAAGCGUUGUUAUCCCAAAACGAGGAUUACAUUACUUGCUCACCUUAACAUCACUGUGAUGUCCUUAAAUUUUUAUAUUGCGAGUACAUUGAACAAAGAUGAUGAAGUGCAGUAGUAAGACGGAUGUCGCGUAUAAAACAGAAUACCGUUGUGACAUAUGAAGGUCACGUGUUAUCCAAGGUCUUCCAGUUUUUAGAUAACGAUCCAUGACUUUCUUUAAAUGACCUCCUCUGCUUGUGUUUAUCCACAGAUUUCACGUACCAGGCCCGGUGCUAUCUGAAUGUGUAUAAAGGUUUAAGCACAAUAUUAAAUAACCUACUCGGCUGGUUUCUGCAUACAUAGUAAAAGUUAGCUGCCGCCACAGUAUCCCCUCGGCCUUAUAUCUGUUAUUAUCAGCCGUUGUACGUGACACUGCUGGGGCUACGGCUUCAUGUCCGAUUGGCUUCAUAUAAUAAAAUAUAUUUCAAAACAUUUA